CUUGCAAUGGCUUCCUCAUCCUCAUCGUCAUCGUCAUCGUCACGCAGCCCGAAGGAGAUCAUUGUGUGGUUGCAAGAGCAGAGGAGGCGUCCCGAUCGCCAAUCAGCGCAGACUGUGGAAUAUGGCACCUUCCUGCUAGAGAAAGGCUAUCUCUCCAAGCUUGGAGAUGAUCUGUGGGCCACCCUCGAGCAGAUCGGCAUCGCUGCGCUCGAUGUUGGCGACUGGGAGCUGGCCGAGCUCUGCCUCGCAAGACUGAAUACCCGCUUCCCCAAGUCAACUCGCGUGGCCGCAUUGCAAGGAAUGCUCUACGAAGCGAGGGGCCAGCUGACGAGGGCGCUGCAUUACUACGAGGAGCUCAUCGCAAAGAGCCAGGGAGCUGAUAUUAUGCUCUCCAAGCGCCGUAUUGCCGUCCUCAAAUCCCUCGACUCUCCCUCUGCCUACGCCCAGACACUCCCUGCUCUCGAGACCCACCUCGAGACUUACUACUCGGACCCGGAAGCAUGGCAAGAGCUCGCCUCUCUUUACGCUGAGCUGGGCCAAUACGCCAAGUCUGCUGCAGCGCUCGAGGAACUGAUGCUACUGGUCCCGCAGAACGGGUUCUUUGUGCUCAGGUACGCCGAGACGCAGUAUACUGCAGGGGAGUAUGCGACUGCGUACAAGGGGUUCUUGAGGGUGCUCGACAUGGGUGGUAUGCUGGAGAAGGGGCAACGAGGCGAGGGAGAGGCGGAUAGAGGACCAGAAGUGAGGGCUGCGUGGGGGCUGAAGGCGGUGAGUAGGCGUGCGGGGCAAGAGUGUAUGCAGGGCCAUCAUCAUCUGACUGACGUGCCUUCUUCCCCUGCGCUCGCAGACGAUCAAGAAGCUGAGGGAAAAUCCCAAGAAGCAAACGUCGUCUUCGGACACGAUCAAGGCAGAGUCACUGGAUGACGUUGAGCAGAUGGUUGCGGACGUGCUACUCAAUCGCGUCUAUCCGUC